UAUUUUCUUUGAGUGCGCAUCACAUCGUUAUUGUGCUGUUGUUCCCAAUUAUUUCGAGUAUACGACAGUUUAAUAAUACAAGUUAUGCAAAAAAUGAUAAGCAAAUAAACUAAAGUUGAUUCCAUAUCAUGGGUGAUAUAUAUGAAAUAGCUGACGACUAUAAGUCCAAAAGUAAAUCAUUGGAUCAAAGUAUUUCCGAUCAACUUGUUGAUUUUGAAAGAUUACGCAUUUCAGCACUUACCAAAGCUGCUGAAAUAAGCCCCGCUGUCAGAAAAGUCACUAUAGGACCAAGAAGUCCUGAAAAGAAAGAACUACAAUAUGAAGAAAAUUUUGAGGUUACCCCGAAGCCGAGAAUUGUCGAAGAAGACUUGGUUGAGGAUAGAGUUAGCGACGAUCUGAGGUAUGCCUCCAUCAUUAAUCAAUAUGAAAAGAACCUGCGAGAUACUUCCGACGAAUUAUUUAAAAAUCUUCUAGAUAGUAUGUUAGCCAGGCGAGCAGAGAGUAUGCGUAAUUAUUGGACGAAGCAAACGGAGGAGUGCGAGCGGCGCGCGCGCGAACUCCGGGAAAAGAAGUUGCAGAUGCUUAAACACUUACAUGAUAAUGACAAUCUUACAGUCUUAGAGCAAGCCAAGCUGGACGAGAAAAACUCACAAAUAAUUAAUAAACACACCAUAGAAAAUAUGAACCGAAUUCUAGAAGAACAAAACCAAGCUACGGCACGCUUCGCCGCCGUAACAGACAGCCAUACAAAAAUAUGUAUAUGCUACAAUGAAAUCACAAAUAUUUUACAAAAAGAUCAAGGACUUUCAAAGGCAGUCUGUGAAAAACACAUUCCAUCAAUUAAUUCUGUGAUAGGGAACAUCAGUGCAAUAAUGGACCUAUGCAAAACAGGGGCCCUCACAGACAAAAAUGUGAAACAGGCUGAAGUUUUAGCACUAAAUAUAGACAAUAUUAGGAAGAAAAUGCUAGAAGAAUUAGAAGAAAUCAAAAAACAGGAGUUAGUCAAGAAGCAACAGGAAGAGACAAAGCAGCAAGAGAUAUUACGGCAGAAGCAGGCGGAAGAAAAAAGAGAACAAGCGGCUAGGGCAGCAGAGGUUGCUCAAAUUGAGAAACGUUUAACAGAGCAACCCAAAAAAUCACAACCAAUGUUUUAUUCUCAAACCAACUACAAUUACUUCCAAGAAUUAAAAAGCUUUUUAGAUCAAUAUGAAAACCAAUAUAAAGAUUUGCUUGAAAAUGUACAUAUGAAAAAGUUCCGAUUUGACUGCCAGAAAGCUGUAAACACUCCAGUCAAUGCCAUAUCUUCUGUUAGUGGAAUGCACAUGAAAGACAAAUAUGACAAACUUGCUAAGCUUCUGAGAGGUGAGCAAGUGCAAGUACUAGAUACUUACGUCACUGCAACACAGCAUCCACAGGGACUAUAUUACUGUACUGCUCUGUUAGCUAAGAAAAUAGUGAGACAGGGAGACUUGCUAGUUUCUAGUAAUCCAGAAGCAGCCUUCCCUUUGGCUGCAGUCACUGCAGCCCUCUGGUCGCAGUUUCCAGAGUUUGGCAAGCUCUUAGAGGCCUACUUCCAUAGGUUAUGCCCAUACUUGGUGCCAAUGUUUUUACCUCAAAAGGAAGGACAAACAGACAAAGACUUUUACCUGUCUAGAGGCUACACCUACAAUGAUGAAGGUGUAGUAGAAAAGCAAGAUAAAUUCUUAAAGAGAAUGUCUGGAAUAUUUAAGCUGAGAUGUGCAAUUUGGAUUGCUAAAACACCUAGAUUUGUGAAUGCUCCCAAUCCUCAUGGCCCUCGAUUUGGUUGGCAAUGGCUGGCUUCCUUUGUCAACCUAAAACCUGAACCGGACAUAAGUGCAACUUUAAUCCAUGAUUUCUUCAAUGUAUGUGGUGCCGAAUUUCAUAAGCUGUACGGGAAGCAAUUUGUGAAAGUAAUAAGACUGAUUAGCUCAGAAUAUCUGGCAAUACUAGAGAAUAUAGACGAAGGAGGCCCAAAGACCAGAUUGGAAGUGUUCUUACAAGAAGUAUUAAAGACAGGAGUCAUGCAGCCCCCUACUGGUGUUUUACCACCCAAUACCUGGUAGCUAGCUCAUAAGAAUAAUGUGUUAGUGACUAUUUAUUUUCAUAAUUUACUUUGCCAUUACCUAUCAAAAAAAUAUAACAUCCCUUUGUUAGUAAAAAUAAGUUUAUGGAUUGGAUUGUUAAGCGAUGCCUAGACCGGCAAUAACUUGCAUGCAAUUUACAUUACAGUGCCGACUACUAAUGUAAACCACAUUCAAAAGUUUGAUCAGAUACCACAAUAUAAUGAAAAUUGCAUGCAAGUUCUUGCUAGUCUAAACCUCGCUUUCACAAAGAUGUGAUUUGUUUUUAUCUGUAUAUAAAGUGUUCUAAAGAAUUAGUAGUAUGCUAUGUAGUGUAAUAUAAUAUAGGACAAUGCAUGGCAGUUGUGGGUUACCAUUUUAGGCUUACUAUAUGUCUCAUCCUCUUCUCUGUAUACCUACCUAUGCAAGUGUGCAUUGAUUUGAUACCAUGUUUAAAAGAUGCGUUUCAUGUCAGAUACUUUUAUAAGUUUUCAAUUAAUUAUACCCUCAUGCCACCCAAUGUACAUUACGAUGUACA